AUGUCUAAUCACACAACUCAGUAUCCACCUGCCCCACCGGCAUACUCGCCCUAUGGAGCACAGCAUCCUCCACCAGCAUAUGUAAAUGCAUCAUCCGCACCUGUUGUUUAUCAGCCACCGUACCCCGGUGGAGGCUACCCACCACAAGGACAUCAGUAUCCACAGCAUGUUCCACCACAACCCUAUGGUGCACCACCACAUGUUCAUGUGCCACCAGCGUACCCCGGUGGAGGCUACCCACCACAAGGACAUCAAUAUCCACAGCAUGUUCCACCACAACCCUAUGGUGCACCACCACAUGUUCAUGUGCCACCACCGGUAGACCGAUCCACGCAGCUCUCUGCUAAAAUGUCCUAUUCCAAUCAGUGCCCAUCAAAGCUACCAAGUGGUCCUCAGGAGUUACCGUACCAAGAGUAUCAACCGGAACCAACUCAUAAUGAAUUUCGACCAGAACAAACCCCACCAAUGACGCAUCAAGCACCUAUAGUGCAACCAGUGAUAGUAAAAGAAGUCCAUCAUUUCGAAGAGCCACAUCAUGAAGAACACGAAAAACACGGAAUUCUGCACAAAAUUACACACCCAUUCAGCAGUGACAAGUAA